AUGGAUUCCAUCAGGCGUCAGCGUAGGAAAGAUCUGCUGCGUCAACGAUAUGCAUUAAUAUGCCAGGUCAUUAUGAUGAAUAUGCGUUUCCGGGGAGAGUGGACGAGAAAAAUUUUUCAGGACAGAGGCAAAUAUGGUCAUCAAAAUGUUUUGAUUCCGCAGAUGAGCGCACAAUAUCCCGAGAUGUUUCACAACUACACUCGGAUGUCGGGAAGUCAAUUUGAUUUCUUGUUGAAUCUGUUGGGGGCCAGAAUUCAAAAGCAAGAUACAAACAUGCGAGCAUCAAUUCCAGCUUCAGACAGGCUUUUAAUUUGUUUAAGAUUUCUAGCGACUGGAAUGGGCUACCAAGACCUCGCAUUGGCAUUCCGUGUUGGAAAAUCAACUGUGCCUCUCAUCAUUGAUGAAGUGUGCAGCGAAAUAUUUAAUAUUCUGGGACCCAUGCAUGUCAAGCUGCCAACAUCUGCUGAUGAGUGGAAACAAAUUUCAUAUGGGUUCCAGCAUAAGUGGAAUUUUCCCCAUUGCGUUGGUGCAAUUGAGGGGAAACAUGUUGCUAUUAAUGCUCCUCCAAACUCUGGCUCAUCAUACAUAAAUUAUAAAGGCUACUUCAGCAUUGUCUUAAUGGCUGCUGUUGAUGCUAACUAUAAUUUUAUGUAUGUUGAUGUUGGAGAUUUUGGGAGGAAUAGCGAUGGUGGUGUGUUCGCCAACUGCACAUUAGGAAAGGAGUUUGAAACCCUUCCUUUCUUCCCUGCUGAUGAAAAAAUCAGCUCAAAUAGGCCCCCUCUUCCAUACAUUUUUGUAGCUGAUGAAGCUUUUCCAUUGAAGAGGAAACUUAUGAAGCCCUACUCUGGACGUGGUUUGCCUAAAGAUAUGAGAAUCUUCAACUACCGACUGUCCAGGAGCAGAAGAUGCGUUGGAAACGCAUUUGGUAUAUUGUGUGCCAGAUGGCGAGUUUUGCUAAAUACAGUGGCGCUACAGCCUGAUAUGGCAACAAAAGUUGUUUUGGCUUGUUGCUGUCUGCGUAAUUAUCUUAUGCAAAACGAAGCUGGUGCCUCCAAUCGGAAGUAUUGCCCCCCUGCCUUUGGUGAUGUUGCUCAACAGGAUGGUUCCAUCACUGAAGGUGCAUGGCGCAAGGAGAAAUUUUCUUUUUAUCCGUUAGAAGACCAGGAACAGCCAAUGGUCUUGCAUGCUUAUGAAGUCAGGAAUCAAUUUCGUGACUAUUUCAACAAUGAAGGAGCUGUUCCAUGGCAAAAUAAUGUGUAA